AUGGCUGCCGUGCCCGAUACCAGGCAUACUAAGACCGACCAGGAGUUGGCGAUCAACAUCAAGAAGGCCACGAACCCCGACGAGACGGCGCCGAAGCGGAAACAUGUGCGCAGCUGCAUUGUGUACACAUGGGACCACCGGUCUUCUCAGGCCUUCUGGGCUGGGAUGAAGGUGCAACCCAUUCUUGCCGACGAAGUUCAGACUUUCAAAGCUCUGAUUACGGUCCACAAAGUCCUCCAAGAAGGACACCCGAACACGCUGAGGGAGGCCAUGGCGCAGAGAGGUUGGAUCGACAGCUUGAAUCGCGGCAUGGGAGGAGAGGGAGUGCGCGGAUACAGCCCUUUGAUCCGGGAAUACGUUUACUACCUCCUGGCCAAGCUUUCUUUCCACCAGCAGCAUCCCGAGUUUAACGGCACCUUCGAAUACGAGGAGUACCUCAGCUUGAAGGCCAUCAACGACCCCAACGAGGGGUACGAGACAAUCACAGACUUGAUGACACUGCAAGAUAAGAUUGAGCAGUUCCAGAAGUUGAUCUUCUCACACUUCCGUCACGUUGGAAACAACGAGUGUCGUAUUUCCUCUCUUGUGCCCCUCGUGCAGGAGAGCUACGGUAUUUACAAGUUCAUCACAAGCAUGCUUCGCGCCAUGCACUCGACCACCGGCGACGUCGAGGCGCUUUCGCCCCUACGAGAACGAUACGAUGCCCAACAUUACCGCCUCGUCAAGUUCUACUACGAGUGCUCCAACCUGCGCUAUCUGACCAGCUUGAUAACGAUCCCCAAGCUGCCGCAAGACCCUCCCAACCUGUUGGCGGAAGACGACGAGGCACCCGCACUUCCGGCGCGCCCGAAGCAGGAAAUUGAGAGACGCCCCACUCCACCCCCUGAACCGAAAUCACAGGAGCCAGAUGAUAUUUCCGAAUUCUGGAAGAACGAGCUGGAGCGCCAGAACCGAGAGUACGAAGAGCAGCAGAGAGUCCUCGAGGAACAACAGCGUCAGCAGAUGUUGAUGCAGCAACAGGCGCAGCAGCAGGCACAACGGGACUUUGAGGAGCAGCAGCGACAGUUGGCGGAGCAGCAGCGCAGGGAGCAGGAGGCCCUGAUGCAGCAGCAAAUGCAGUAUCAGACCCAGGGUCGGCUUGCAGAGUUGGAACAGGAGAACUUCAAUGCGAGAGCCCAGUAUGAGCGUGACCAGCUUAUGCUCCAGCAAUACGACCAGAGGGUCAAGGGUCUGGAGAAUGAGCUUGCACAGAUCCAGGGACAUUACGGCCAGCAGAUCACGAGCAAAGAUGAGCAAAUCAGAGCUCUACAGGAGCAGGUUAACACGUGGCGGACGAAGUACGAAGCGCUCGCAAAGCUGUACUCCCAGCUUCGCCACGAGCACUUGGAUCUGCUCCAAAAGUUCAAGUCUGUGCAGCUCAAGGCUGCCUCAGCUCAGGAGGCUAUUGAACGGCGAGAGAAGCUUGAACGCGAGAUCAAGACGAAGAACCUUGAGCUCGCUGAUAUGAUCAGAGAGAGGGACCGCGCGCUUCAUGACAAGGACCGCCUGCAAGGCGCCAACAAGGAUGAGCUCGAAAAGCUCAAGCGAGAGCUCCGCAUGGCCCUGGAUCGUGCCGAUAACAUCGAGAGAAGCAAAGGAAACGAGCUCUCAACAAUGUUGUCUAAGUACAACCGUGAGAUGGCCGAUCUUGAGGAGGCCCUGCGACUCAAGUCUCGCGCUCUAGACGACGCCCAGGCCAAGAUCAGGAAUGGAGACUCUGACCUUGAACAGCUUCUUCGCGACAAGGAGGAGGAGUUGGAAGUCUACAAGGCCGGCAUGGAUCAGACACUUAUCGAGCUCAACGAGCUGAAGUUGAACCAAGGCGAUACCGACACCGUUAUUGACGGACAGAUUGAUGCCUUGAUCAUGGCCAACCUGGACAAGAUCAACGACAUCAUCGACUCUGUCCUGCAAUCCGGUGUGCAGAGAGUAGAUGAUGCGCUUUACGAGUUGGAUUCAACGAUGCAGGCAGGAAACCAGAACGCUUCUCCAUCCUACGUGCUCUCGCAGAUUGAGAAGGCCUCGUCCAGCGCCAUGGAGUUUGCUACGGCAUUCAACAACUUCAUCGCCGACGGCCCCAACGCGACACACGCCGAGCUUAUCAAGGCCAUCAACGUCUUUGCUGGUGCUCUUGCGGAUGUCUGCAGCAACGCCAAGGGUAUCACCCGUCUGGCAACCGACGAGAAGAAGAGCGAUGCUCUGAUGAACGGCACCCGGCAGUCCGCUUCUUCUACCGUCAAAUUUUUCCGCGGCCUUCAGAGCUUCCGCCUGGAGGGCAUGGAUCCCAUCCAGAAGACCGACGUUGUCAUCAACAGCAAUAACGAGGUGCAGAUGAACCUUCAAAAGCUGAACAAGCUUGUCGAGACAUUCGCGCCCAACACUGGCAAGCUCGCGGGCAAGGGCGACUUGGGCGAUAUUGUCGAUUCUGAACUCAGCAAGGCGGCCGAUGCCAUUGCGGCCGCUGCUGCUCGCCUCGCCAAACUGAAGAACAAGCCUCGCGAAGGGUACUCUACCUACGAGCUCAAGGUCCACGACGGCAUUCUCGAUGCCGCCAUGGCCAUCACCAACGCCAUUGCGCAGCUGAUCAAGGCCGCCACGGUGACGCAGCAGGAGAUUGUCCAGGCAGGCCGAGGUUCGUCCUCGAGAACCGCCUUCUACAAGAAGAACAACAGAUGGACCGAGGGUCUUAUUUCAGCCGCCAAGGCCGUGGCGUCCUCCACCAACACCCUGAUCGAGACCGCAGACGGCGUCUUGUCGAACCGCAACAGCCCCGAGCAGCUCAUUGUGGCAUCCAACGACGUGGCAGCCUCCACGGCUCAGCUCGUCGCCGCCAGCAGAGUCAAGGCUGGCUUCAUGUCCAAGAGCCAAGAGAACCUCGAGCAGGCCAGCAAGGCUGUCGGUGCUGCAUGCAGGGCGCUCGUGCGCCAGGUGCAGAACAUGAUCAAGGACCGCAACGCGGAGGACGAGGCGGUCGACUACUCCAAGCUCGGAGCCCACGAGUUCAAGGUCCGGGAGAUGGAGCAACAGGUCGAGAUUCUGCAGUUGGAGAACUCCCUCUCGGCCGCAAGACACAGGCUAGGAGAGAUGCGCAAGAUCUCUUACCAGGAGGACUAG